AUGGCGAUCUCCCAUGAUCCGCCCAGCGUCCUGAUCGGUCCAGGCGAUUUUCACACUGGCCCCUACUAUAUCAUCAUCAGCGGAUUACCGGAACGGACAAGCUGGCAAGAUGUGAAAGACUUCAUAAAGAGCCAAAUCCCAUGGAAACUCGACCUCUACGUUAGCAUCUUCGGAAAACGUCGGGAUUCAGGUUGGGUCCGUGUUGUAGGAUUCAAGGCGUUCAAUCAUGUGAGGAGAGUUUUGGGGGAGUCACUUUUUCGAGGCCGAGAGAUCCUCGCCCACAACCCUGGUUACGACGAGACUGGAGCUGGCCUCGUCCUAGUCAGAGCUCCCUUCUUCAGAGAUCGAAGCCUUUUCAUCAACCCAAAAGCGUUGGCUGAUCCUAAUACUACCGGCUCGAUUGUUCAAACAGCAGAGGAGUUUAUCACCGCGACCACCCCAAUAGCAUCAACUGCGUCCUCCGAGCAAUCCUAUCCAGAAACUUGCGCUACCUCACAACAAGCACAAGCACAAGCCCAAGCACAAUUACCAAACCUCUUCCCCCCCACACCCCCCAACACUCCCAAAGCCUCCCGCUCAAUCUCCGAGCCGUCCCUCCCGGGAUUUCGGAAAGUUGCAAUCACGUGGCGAGAAGACUCUAUUAGUAACGCCACCCGUAAAUCAAACACUCAUCCCGCUUUCGUAUCGCCUCUCUCCCCAAACACCCAAGAAAAAAUGGGUUCCCAGAUCAAGUCCGAGCUCGCCCCUCUUCUAGCCCGCGGCGGCAGCGGCCCUAUGCAUCCUCUCGAAACACUCGAAUGUUUCCCUGGUAUUGCUUUGGCAACGUUUAGUUCGCAUGAGCUUGCCAGGCGGGCGAUCAAGGUGUUGAGACAAUCGGAACGGUUGAAUGCGAGGCCGGUGGUGGAUGAGGUGUCGUCACGGGAGGAGAUGCAGGCGACGUCGCAGGGACAGACGGCGGCGGCGACAGCGGGGAAGAAGAGGGUGGGUAAGAGGAGGGCUGGGGCUGGUAGGACUGCGUCUGCUCCUGCCGCGGCAGAGGGAGGAUCUGGGGCUGGAGCUGGGGUUGGGUGUGAUGUGGGUGAUGGGUUUCAGCAAACAACACAGCCGGGGAAAGAUAAGGAGACUACGCCAUUGACCUCGGCGAAGAGGACUUCGACCACAACCUCAACCGCUGCUCGCAAGACUCCAGCCGUGCUUAUCGUCAACGGUAGCUGGAAGAUAUAGGACCCUGAACCCCAUAUGACUUUGUUAUGGGCUUCGACACAAAGAGGAGGCUUUUUUACGACCUAACUAAAAUACAAAGAGAAUGGGCACGUUGAUGGUCAGCAGUUGGCUCCCAGCAUAUGGAUAUGGGAGUUUCAGAUG